ACAUGAUAAGUCUCUGUCUCUCCAAUUGCUGGCCCUUGCUGUUUCGACUGUUCUUCUGCCUGCUUGGCUUGACGCUUUGCUAGAUUAUUUUUAUUAUUGAACAUAUUACACUUCGGAUCGACGUUUGAACGGUAUCAACUACUGUCGUCGCCACCGACAGCGCUCUCUACCUGGUCAUCUUCCUCAGCUAAGGAUCCGUUCCAUCAAUUCUAGCCUGCGAUCGCGUUAUCGCUUUCCCUUUUCCAAGAUUUUAAAUAGGCACUCUCCGCCUGGAGCUCAUUUAGUCUUGUAUUGAUCGUCGAGGACUACAACCGACUGUGGUCGUGAUUGCGCGGAACCGCUCCCGAUACUUGUGAUGUGUUGAAAAGGGAACUGUUUCCCAAUACCGUUCAAAAAGCCUAUAAGUUGUUAAUCUGGUGGAUUUCCGUGAAACGUGAAACCGAGCGUCAGAAAGUGCCAUGCCUUCUGCCAGCAAGAACAAGAUGAUCGGCCCUUGGAGCCGCAGUGAAAGCAGCGGAAGUAUGUUCCUAUCCAACAACAAUAAUGCGGACAAUUUGGUGAAACUAUACUCGCGAACUGCUCCAACCAGUCCACACUGGACUCCAAUGGCAUCUCGGCACAACUCGCCACCGAUGCCGAGUUCUCCCCUGUCGUCAUCGCCACCGUCAACGCUGCGCCGGAACUACUCGAGUACCUUCAUGCUGAUCCCGGAAGACCGUGCCGUAGAUCAGAUUUCGGUGCCAGAACCAGCAUCUUCAACAGCGCACAGCAAAGGAAUGCAUCAACAGGAAGAUCCCGCUGCCAAGUACCGUAUUUCUAACGGACGGAUCAUACUCCGCUUGAUCUUGUGGUGGCCCUUAUUGUUCAUCGCAAUCGCUCAACGGAUACUUGGCGUAAUGAUGCAACUAUCCUGGCGCCCGUUCCUGAUGGCAGCUCCCGCCUUCUGGCUCUCAGCUUGUCUUUGGAUGUUCUGGAAGGUGAUCGCUUUGCCCCUGGCAUGCCUCAAAUGGGUCCUGGUUGCAAUGCACACUCCUGCCCACGAGCGUAACCGUAAGAAGCGAACUAUUCUGAUCAGUUGUGGAAGCACCAUUCAAUCGCUUCAUCUGGCACGGAAUUUUUACAAGUCUGGCGCAAGAGUCGUGGUAUUCGAGUUCGAGGGUCUAUUCGGGCUGGCAAGAUUUUCCACAGCUGUGAGCAAAUUCUACACAAUUCAACGACCAACUCCUGAGUCGGCUAAUGAGUACAUCUCGGCCCUGUGCGAAAUCGUCGAAAAGGAACAACCCACGCACUACAUUCCGGUUUGUGCAACUAGUGCUGCUCACUACGACGCCCUGGCAAAACCACAUCUGGAGCUUCGAGGAUGCUCCAGCUUUAUCCCUGGAGCGCAGGAAACCUCGGUGCUUGACGACAUUCUUCAGGUGAUGAAGAAAUGUGAGUUCAACCAGAUCGCACUGCCUCCGCAUCAGGUAAUCAACAGCAAGGAAGAUUUGUAUCGCCUGUAUGAAAAUGGAUGGCUUUCCGGGUAUCGUAACGUCAUGGUAUCUACCGGCCUGCUGGGAGUUCUAGAGCGUACCAAGUACAUCUUACCGAUGAACCGCCGCGAACUAAAGCUUAACUACGAAAUCAGUGAAAUGCAGAAAUGGGUGGUUAUUAGAGAUGUUAUUGGAGCACAUUAUGUAACCUGCACGACUGUGAAGGACUCUCAAGUAGUGGCGAACGUGACUUGCAUCAUUCAGAACGACACACGUAGCUUAGUUCCGGAAGAGAACACCGAAAUUGAAAACUGGCUUCGAGAAUUUUUUCGGAAAAUUCGACUCCAACGUCCUUUGAACGGACAUAUCAGCUUUCGUUUAGCCAAAUGUCAAUCCAGCGGGGAGAUUUUACCCUUGGGUAUUCGAGUGGGAGUGUCUCUUCCAUACAUCUGCUACACAGGAGUUCAUUCAAAAGUAAUCUGCAAGCCGUGUCCUCAUUUCAAUCGGCAAAACUCGGGUCCUCUGGUUCAGGACGGAGGAAGAUAUUGGAUCCAUGAAACGGUCAUGAAGGCAGUGCGCCGACCAAGUAUCGACGCCGUCCAGCAGUUGAUCGGAACCGUGAUUGACAAACGGGAAGCCCUGUUUGUGUACUGGGAUCCGUUGCCGUACUGUGCCUACUACCACUUCCAGUUGCCGUUCAACUCGGUCAAGACCUUCCUGCACAAGCGGCAGCGAGGGCGAACGAUGCCACGUGCCGCUGCGCCGGUGCAAUAGUGACACGAGCUUGUCGAGUGAUUCCGUGUUAUCAGCACAUAUACGCUGGUUGAGUUGUUUUAAGAGUUUCUUGCAAUAAGUACUCGAUUACCUAUUGUUUAGUGUUUUCUAUUCCUAUGUUAAUAUGUGAACGGAGAGAGAAGGAACAGACUUGCGGUGUGUGAUGGAAUGAGUGGGACUUUAGAAUUAGGAUCCGGAUUCUAGGUAUAGUUUUGUUUUAUAGCGUAGAUUACUACUUAUUCAAGAAAGAGUAGGAAGUUGAAGCAGGAUCUGCUGGUUCUGUUGCUGGGCAACAGAUUGUGCAAACAGUACGAUUGAUACAAGAAUAAUCCACUAAUCUAUAUGUAAAGGAUAAACCAUUAUUAUGCACUUUAGUUUUACAAAUUCCAAGUACAAAUUAAAUAAAGAAACUUCGUAUACAUGUA